AUGUCAUCCAACAUGGCCGCCCAUGACAUCACCUUCAUGAAUAGUGCAGCGUCUCUCCUCAUCAGCUGUAUGAAAGGCACACACACACGGAGCACCUACUCACGGAGACUGAACGCACGAUUUGGACGCUUCAUUCUCUCACGUUUAUUCCACAACCACUUCGAACAGAAUGAUGUUGCAGAACCCAGGCCCCUCGCUGGCGGACAUCAGUUGCUCAGCGCUGGUGCCGUGCCUCUCUCCUCCCGGGACUCUCACCCUGGAGGACUUCACCGGCUUCAGUCCCCUGAGGCGUCCUCCGGCAGCGAGAGGAUGAGCGAGCAUCUGCAGAGCAUGGGGGGCGGAGCUAAAAGAGAGUUCCCACCUGCAGAAGCCGAGAGGCGGAGAAGACGACGAGAGAGGAAUAAAAUCGCUGCAGCUAAAUGUCGUAACAAGAAAAAGGAGAAGACAGAGACUCUUCAGCAGGAGUCUGAGAAGCUGGAAACCGUGAACGCAGACCUCAAAUCUCAGAUCGAGGAGCUGAAGCAGCAGAAGCAGCAGCUGGUCUACAUGUUGAACCUGCACCGUCCCACAUGCAUCGUGCGAGCGCAAAACGGCUGCACCCCGGAGGACGAGCGCAACCUGUUCAUUCAGCACAUCAAAGAGAGCACGCUACAACUGCAGAACAUUACCUCCAGCAUGUCGGCUAAUCCUUCAGUCACGUCAAACACUUUUACCACCGCUACUGCUGCUGCUGCGGACUCUACGGCCACGAUAGACUCUGAGGUGCUGUCGUUGGAGCACGUGCGCUGCUCCGGGCAUCUAUGA